AUGAAGUGGUGCCUUAUGAUUCGAGAAAAUCUUUUCAUGUCUUCUCACUGGAGACACCAGAAGGUGUAUAUUGUCCUCCAAAAAAAACCACUGCUUGAUGAAUCAAAGGUCAUUGCCACGAUAAAUACAGGGUAUAUCCCACGCGGCGUUAGCUGUCAAAGUGACGAGGAAUUCUGGACAUGUGGACAAGACAAAAUGAUGAAACUCUACAACCUCCAGGGCAAACUUCUGAAAUUAAUCCAAACCAAAUCAGGGAAAUGGCCAGGUGAUAUCACAGUGACAAGGAGUGGAGAUCUAGUUUAUACUGACCCUGAUACAAGAACUGUAAACAUAGUGAAGAAUAAACAGAUAUGGCAAGUGAUCAGACUACAGGACUGGAAACCUUACUGUGUCUAUGGUACCUCCUCUGGUGACUUGUUAGUCACCAUGUACAGCGAUGAUAAACAAUCAAAAGUUGUCCGUUACACUGGCUCCAUAGAGAAACAAACCAUUCAGUUUGAUAGUGAAGGUAAACCUCUGUAUUCAUCGGGUUACCUUAAACACAUCAGUGAGAACAGGAACCUAGAUAUCUGUGUGGCUGACCAGAAAGCCAAGGCAGUAGUAGUGGUUAAUUAUGCAGGAAAGCUCCGAUUUAGAUACACUGGUCAUCCCUCUACUACCAAGGGAUCAUUUGAUCCACUUGGCAUCACAAUAGACAGCCAGAGUCGGAUCCUGACAGCAGACUGUAACAACCACUGUAUCCACAUUCUUGAUCAGGACGAACAGUUCCUUCAUUACAUUGAUAACUGUGAUCUAAAGUAUCCAUGGGGUUUAUGUGUAGACACCAGAGACAAACUCGUUGUGGCCGAGUUUAACAGUGGUAAAGUAAAAAUGAUCGAAUAUAUGUAA